GUUGAACUAAGUUGUCAAAUGUCAAAAGAAAAUGAUACCGGCGAUGGCUAAACUACAAUUUUGCGUUUUAUUCGUAUUAUAUAUCGCCAUUAAGUGCGAUAGUGUAAAUGUGGAUACUAUUUCUAGCGAUAUUAAAAUAAAAAAUGUCGACCGAUCGAUCGAUAUUUCUUCGCAGCUUGUAAAAAUAACAUCCAAAGUAACAUUAGAAAACACAGGUAAAGCGCCGGUAAAAAACUUCUUAUUAGCAGUGGAAGGUGCAGCGAGGAACAACUUAGCUUUUAUUGGCGCCAAAGAUAGUAGUAACAAAGAUUUAAAACUUGUAGAGACCACUGUGAAAGGUUAUGGUCAAGUCAAAUUUUGGCGUGUCGAAUUAAAAGAUGCAGUUAAUGCGGGCUCCUCCGUAGUUAUUUCAACGGAAUCAGUGUAUACUAAAGCAUUGCAACCGUUCCCAACAGCCAUUACCCAGCAAGAAGACCAACUAGUCAAAUACAAUGGUAAUUUGUACUUCUAUUCUCCUUACAGUGUGGCAUCUCAAAAAACAAAUGUCAUCAUAAAUACAAAGUCAGUUGAAUCCUUCACUAAAGUAAAGCCAUUCUCUCAACAAGAUGGAACAAUUGUGUACGGUGCAUAUGCUAACAUUGCUCCUUUCUCUGAAAAGGAACUCAGUGUACAUUAUAAAAACAAUUCCCCCUUCUUGACUGUUACUCGUUUGGAACGUCUCAUCGAAGUUUCUCACUGGGGUAACAUUGCUGUUGAAGAGGUAAUUGAUAUUGAACACACUGGAGCUAAACUUAAAGGUCCAUUUUCAAGGUACGAUUAUCAGCAAGACCACCACAGUGGCCCGGCCAGUGUCCGCUCCUACAAAACCCUACUUCCAGCAUCUGCGUCAGACGUAUACUACCGUGACACCAAUGGAAACAUCUCUACAUCAAACAUGAAGGUCAAGAAAGAUUCUGUUGAACUGGACUUAAGACCGAGAUACCCUCUUUUCGGUGGAUGGAGAUCUCACUACACUCUGGGAUACAAUGUACCGAGUUACGAGUAUUUGUACCACUCCGGUAAUGAAUACUUGCUCAAGAUAAGAGUAGUAGAUCAUGUUUUUGAUGAUAUGCAGAUAGAUGAGCUUGUUACAAAGGUUAUUCUUCCAGAGGGAUCGACUAACAUCAAAGUCAAUUUCCCAUUUGCUGUGACGAGGUUACCGGAUAGUUUACACUAUACUUACUUGGAUACAAAGGGUCGCCCAGUCAUCUCCUUCACUAAGAAGAACGUAGUUGAAAAUCACAUUCAAGAUUUUCAGAUUAGAUACACAUUCCCACGUUUGCUUAUGUUCCAAGAACCUUUAUUAGUCGUCGGUUUCUUGUAUGCUCUAUUCUUGUGUGUUAUUAUUUAUGUUAGACUAGACUUCUCUAUUCAUAAGCCAGAACAUCCACAUAAAGAUUAAUUUCAUAACUGCUUUUAAUCAUACUAUGCUGUCAUAUAUAAGACCUCAAUAAUUGGUAUUUAUUUAUGGUGCAGUGUGAUAUAUUGCAAUAUGCAAAUUAAUUAUAAUAUAUGCAUUGUCUCAAAUUGUCUUGAGUAAAAAUAUGUAAUAAUUUAUAAAUAAA